UUUCCUGGUUUCUAACUUUUGCUCUUCAUCAAGACCAGAAACAUCAGUCUUAGAGAGUGAAAGUUUCCUGGGUAGCCUGUGUGUCCCCUCUUCCUCUCUAGCCCAGGUGAGGCUGGGAUGUGAUCUGUUCCUGCAACGGAGUCAUGGAAGUCUUUCUCUGGAUACUUUUCUUCUUACCAAUCUCAGAGGCUCUGAAGCCCCUCAGAGAAACAACAUUGUCUGGAGAGCUGGGAGGAUCCAUUGACAUCAGGUGUCCACUGAAGGACCCCCCACAGAGGUAUUAUCUCUGUCGGGAGAUUAAGCCCAGACUGUGUGCCACGGUAGUGUCCAAUACACCAUUUGUGGACUUGGACUAUAAGGGCAGAGUCUCACUGAAGCCACUCCCUAAGCAGAAUGUGUUCCUGGUAGAGCUGAGGAAGCUGAAAGAAGAGGACAAUGGCAACUAUGCCUGUGGAAUGGGCAGGCAUACAGAGAAGGGGAAGACCUGGAAAGUGAUUCUCACAGUCACUCCUGCCCCCACAGAAUACAACCCCUUCUGGGAGGAACCUGGCUCCUUUGAACCCCUUCCACCUUCCUGGAUAUGGAUAUCCAAUGAGGUUUCUUCUUCUUUGCCCACCACCCAAGCAACAAGCACUUCAGCACCAAGGACCCCACGAUGGCAAACCCAACCACCCUUGGACCCUUCUCCUACCAGCUCUGUCCUGCCUCAGGGAACUACCUUAGCAGCAGCAGCCACCUCCCAGACCUCCCAAUCCUCUGUGAUCUCAAAGACUCUAUACCUGAGGAGACUACUCAGGUCCUCCACUUCCAGUUACUCUCAUCACACCAGGCUACAGAGUGAAAGUGCCUCCUACUUUGGAUCAUCUGUGAGGAAGGAUGGGGGAUUUCACAUCCUGAUCCCGGCCACCCUGGGCAUUAUCUUGAUGAUGCUUCUAGGAAUGGUGUUGGGAAGAUCAUUGCAGAAGAGGAGAGCUCUUUCCAGGAGGAUCAACAGAUUGACUAUGAGGAUGAGUGCUCUGGAGGCCUCCCAGAGAGUUCAUUCCCACCUACACCGCUCCCACCAGAGGCGCCUCCACUGGCCUAUCUCUAAUAGACUUCGUUCUCAACACAACAUCUACAGUGCCUGGCCACGACAAGUUCAAAGACCCGACCAGAAUGGUGAGCAAGUGCCUGCCAGAGGCCCCAGAAUUGCAGAACCUUCUACUCCUACCCAGGUUUCUAACACUGCCCAGCUCCAGGCACCGGUCCCUGUGAAGAAUGAAUACAUGAGCACCUAUCCCCUGUGUCUUGCUGAGCCAGAAGACUGUGAUUCACAUGAUUACAUCAAUGUUUCCUGCUCGACUCAGAUGCCCAACUGCCCACUGGGCCUGGGCUUCCAUGACAACAAGGCUUGCUGCUGAGCUGUGCACAGAACUGACUCUGCUCUACUACUGGCACAUUCUGCAUGCCCACCCUAGCUGUUUUCCCCAGGUGGAGGCAGGGGCUCUGUCUUCCCUGAGCACAGCCCAUUCACACCCCAAAGCUUCUCCUACUCAUCUCUGAAGGCCACUUUGCUUCCAUGGAGGCUGGAAGUUAAUAAACAUUUAUUAAGUGCC